AUGCAUACCAAUACGAUGGAAGUGGUUGUAAAACACAUGGGGGCCGCUUUCUCCGUGGCGGUCAUCCCUGUAUUGAAGGACAACUACACUUACAUCAUUCACGACAAAACCACCAACACAAUGGCAGCGGUGGACGUCUCCGCGGACACGACUCCCAUCGUGGACUACGUGGAACGCAUUAGAAGAAGUAUAGAUGAAAGAGGCGCCGGUGCCAUGAGCUUCAGCACAAUUUUCAGCACCCACAAACACUGGGAUCAUGCCGGCGGUAAUGUUGUGCUGCCGAAAGCGUUAAAAGCUGCAGGUGCCUUCCGCAUCAUUGGCGGCGUGAAUGACAACAUUUCGGGCGUUACGCAGACGGUUCGUGAGGGCGACCGCCUGUCACUUGGGGCGCUGCAGGUAGAGGUGCUGGAGGCGCCGUGUCACACGCGUGGGCAUGUGUUGUACAAAGUGUAUCACCCACAGGCCGAAAAAGACGGUGUGGCGCUUUUCACGGGCGACACGAUGUUUGUUGGCGGCAUCGGGGCCUUCUUUGAGGGUGACGCAGCGCACAUGUGCCGGGCAUUGCGGAAGGUGUACAAUCUGCAUCAUAAUGCGACUGAUAAGGAAGAGGCGGACCGCCACACGUUUUUUUUUCCCGGGCAUGAGUACACUGUCAAUUUCCUCCAGUUUGCACGCGACACGAUUCCGCCCGCCCACCCCGACGCCACUUUCAUUGCCUCGCAGUUGGAGCGGUACAAGGAGAGCAUUGCACAGCGCAAACCGACGGUUCCAAGCACACUCGCUGAGGAAAAGCGGCAGAAUCUUUUUCUACGCACAUGUGAUGAGUCCUUUGUGCGGGAAAUGAAACAUGGCGACACCGCCGAGACGUUGAUGCAGCACUUGUACGACACAUGUCCCUAA